CUACCUUGUCGUUUAUGUCUGGUCAAAUUAUGUCCAACUGCUGAAUUUAUGUACCUCUAAAGAGAAUAUACUGUAUUUUAGCUUUGCUAGCACAAAAAAAUUUGCAAGAACAGGAAAUCCAAGGCAGGGUUGUACCAGGAAAUGUGAGUGUGCCCCUAUCCAUGGACAAUCAAAGCCACUGUUGACUUGCCUUUUGUGUUGUCCCACUUUUUGUCCAAGACACCAGCUCAACAAAAUGAUUCUGACCUUACAGAUUGGCCUCUUCUGCUGUUUGUCACAAUGGAAGGUUGGCACAGAAGAAGAUGUGCUGGUCUAUGCAAGCUUUCCAAGGACACAACAAAUCAGUGUUUCUCAACUGGUUUACCACCAUGCACCUCAAGCCAUACCCCAAACCACAAGAUAAAGAGAUACAUCGGGAAUCUGUGCACGAUGGAACAAGAGGCCUCCAUGCCGACCAGCAGGGAGUGCUCAGGAAAGAGUGGGGUGUUCACCAGGAGUGUGGGCUCAUGGGCUCAUCUGGCAACGGCACAGCCAACCGGUGUCCCCUCAGUGUCAUCUCCACCAACACCCUCCGAUGUAGCAGUGGGAGUAAUGCACAAACUAGAGUUAGUGGGGCUCGCAAGAGCAGAGCAUCCUCUGUCACAACAUUUACCAGUUCUUUAGUUCUGCUCUCACCUUCGACUGGUUUGGAGAAUGAAGGCUCAUUUAGGAUUUACCAAGGAGAAGAUGCAGAGGGGUUUUUGGAUAUAUGGGCUGUCAUUAAACCUGGGAACACAAAACAGAAAAUCGCCAUUUUUGCAACUCAGAAGUGUGGCAGUACUUGCAGUAGUGUUAUUGACAACACCUCAGAAAAAGAAGCCAUUGUCCCAGAGCUGCAGACUGUCUCUGUGAAAAACAAAGGAUGCUGGGAUAGUGACUGGUCUGUGGCUAAGCGCAGGAGAAGGUCUGGAAACCCAGACAAGUCAAAAAGUAUGGAAACAUCUCCAAAAACUGAAAUACUUAAAGUAUCUCAACAGGAGACCCUCAAUGAGAACGUCAGUCCUUGCAAAGGAGUUGCAGAGGAUGCAGUCAGAACAGAGGGAGAAGAUGAAAAGACGCUUUCUGUGGUGGAGAUGGUGGCAUACUUGGAGCAAAGAGUCAGCGACCAACAGGUGAGCUCCAAAGUCCCAUUCUUACGCAGCACCAGCACCAUCACUCUGUCUAAAGUUGGAACCGUCCCUCAGCCUGCAGAGCAGCAGUCCAAGGUUGCAGAAAAGCUGGAGGUCCAGGAAGAGGAAGGCGAGUCUGUUCAAGUUCUGGAUAUGGUGGCCAAGUUGGAGUCGCAGUGCCUGAGUAGACAAAGCCUCAGGGAAGGUGGAGGAGACCUCUCUCGAAACAACAGUAUACGGAGGAAGGUGGGGCGUGUGCUUCUGGCAGGGUCAGAACCUUACUCGCUGCCGUCACAACCAGUGUCACCUUCUGUUCCUCAGGACUGUAGAGUUGAGAGUGUCCCACAGCAACUGGAUAGUGAUUUAGACAAACUGAGUUCCCCACCUAAGACCCUUGAGUCGAUAGAGACCUCGCAGUGUGGGCUUGACACCUGCGCCCUCAAGGAGGAAGAAAGUUCUUGUAUCUCAAGACAGGAAACUAGCACAGCUGUUGAGACCGUGCAGUCCUCACCAAAGGAUGCAAGCUCAGAGUGCAGUGAGGAACCGAUACCAGGCAUGUUGUUCUUUGCCAAAUCUUCUCCUCAGCCUCUGAAGGAGCAGCACCUGCCCUCCCCAUCAAAGAGCAGAUUGCAGAACAAAGAGUCUUCUCACAUCCAGUACCUCGAGCCUUCUGUCGACACUUCAGUGUCUUUCAGAGAGGAGAGCAGGGAUGGACUUGUGGGUGACCAAAAUCAUCCAAACUUAGAGGAGACCAAGGGAGGGGAGACUUGCUUAGUUAGUCAGGAGCCUGUGCCUAUUCCAUUACGCCGCCUGGUGUCUCAUGAGUUCCUAGAAGCUCGCUUCAAGAUCCAGCUGCUUUUGGAGCCUCAGCAGUACAUGGCUUUCCUGCCGCACCACAUCAUUGUAAAGAUCUUCUGCUUGCUGCCUACCGAGAGCCUGGCUGCCCUCAAGUGCACCUGCCAUUACUUUAAAUUCAUCAUUGAGAGUUACAACGUACGGCCGGCAGACUCUCGUUGGGUGAGUGAUCCACGCUACAAAGACGAUCCCUGCAAGCAGUGCAAGAAGCGGUAUGACCGUGGUGAUGUUUCGCUCUGCCGUUGGCAUCAUAAGCCCUACUGCCAGGCGCUACCAUAUGGCCCAGGCUACUGGAUGUGCUGCCGCAGAUCUCACAAAGACACACCUGGUUGCAAUGUGGGACUUCAUGACAACCGCUGGGUCCCUGCCUUUCAUAGCAUCAACAUGCCAAUUUACAAGAAAAGCAGGGACACUGACGAGGAUCUGUAGUGUGCCAGAAAGACGACUGCAGUGUGGGUUUUAUUUCUGAGGCCUGAUUAUAUGUGAGAGUAACUAGUGUGAAUGGGCUGUGUGUUUCCUGUGCCUACGUGUUGCCAGUGAGCAUGUGCGCUUUUGAUGUAUAGUGCUUACAACCCGGUUGCUGAAACUAAUAAGAGAUUGCUGGGUCUUUGAACUUCUACUCUGCCAACCAAUCACCAAUUCUCCUGUCGAAAACCCUCCUCAGGUCCUUAAUGUUGGUCUGCACUUUAACCUUUAAAGAUUGAAUUUUGCAGAGUUCUAUCUGGGUACUGCUUGAUGAUUUUUACUUAGAGUAAGCAUUAAUGACUAACUUAUAUUUUCAAUCCACCCACCAUUCUUUUUCUGUAACACCCUGACUAUUUCAUGCACUGAUGUUGACUUGGCCUAAUAUUGAACAUUUUUGAGCAUUGCAGUUCUGUUUAUCUCCCAACGUACUUGCAUACAUGAUUAACUCAUUGGCCAUUAGGGAAACUUUAAACAAGAGCACAAUGAGUUAUUGACCCAUCUUCCCCAUUUCCCCAUCUUCCAUUAUCAUCUCUUAGUACUGCUAAAAAGUCCUGGGAUGUUAGGUGGCGAAAUGAUUUCGCGACUUGAUGGGAUUGACUUUUUGAGAUUGUUCUGAGCCCAGAUGUUUACAUUGUACAUAGCACAGAAUCCUAUAUAUCAUAACAGGGUGAUGAAUGAUGGCACGAGUGUGGCUUGAAAUGCAUUUAAUCUUAAUAUGGGGUAAAAUGCCUUGUUCUUUUUAUGCUAACUUUUUGUGUAUAUAGAUAUCUAUAUGAAAUGGUCGCUCUUGUUCUGCAGUGGGACUCUUAUUAUAAAACCAUGUGAACAGGGAGUGCAUAUUCUUCUCAGAUUUUAAGUAUUGAUUUCUCCCUUGUUUGAUGUGUUGUUUUUUGACAGGAAACAUGUGGGAAGAGAGUUUCUCCAUCUUGACAGUGACUAACUGAACACCAUCUGAAAAAAGAAAAAAAUUCAUUGCAAUAUACUGUUUUCCAAAGUGUCAGAUUUUUAAAAAUUGUUAAUGACAUUGCUGUGCUCUGCCUGUUAAGGCAUUUUACUUCAAUAAAGUAUAUCUUGAAGAAUUUGUAACCAA